AUGAAUUGGAAUGACAGUUUAAGGUUACAUACCUGGGAGGAGGACAUUAUAUUCAAGAACGAGUGUAAUACUUCUGAGUGGACCACAGAAGAGGAUAAAGAAUUCGAGAGUGAUCUAACACUCUACAACAGCGAUCCCGCCUGUUGGGAAAGAAUCGUGUCGACAAUUCCCGGAAGGACAAUUCAAGAGGAAGUUUCGUGGCCGCAGUUGAGCCUUGACCUCCUCUCUGCUGCUCAAUCCAAGGCGCCAUGGCGUCGGCCGCCACCAACCCGAGUUGCUUCUCCCAUUAGGAGUCGUUGCCCCCUCCCCGAUGUAGAGCUUCGCCGCACUCGCCGGUCGUCUAUGGGUGGUGGAGCGGGUUCCGAAGCAGAAGCAUCUCAAGGAUUGGCAGAUUGGUCGGCGUCGGAGUUCGGAGCUCGUCUGUCUCCAUCACCUCUCUAUCUUCACCUCCCCGACAGCAUGGAGGAGGCCGACCAUGGCCCAUCACCGGCGCGGCCUUAG